AUGGCAUUAGAGGGAGAUGUACGAAGAAGGAUGACAAUGAUGAAUAAUCGGAUGUAUCGGCCAUCACUGCCAAUCUUUCAACAACCGACUUAUCCAGUGUCACCAAUCAUUGCUAAUCCACGUGUACUAUCGGAUGUCCGUUCACCAAAAUCGCUUUCGGAUGGAAGUGUGACCAAUUCAUCCAGCUCCUGUGCCAGCUCUUUGCAACACCACUUUUACAGCGCUUCGGCAUUAAAAGUUGGCGAUAAAAGUGAAAAUGGUAGCGGAAACGGUUGCACAGUGCUUGCGCCACGUGAUCAACCUUGCAAAACGUUUUCUUCAUGGUCUUCUACACCGUUAAUCAGUAACAGCGCAAAAGCGGAAACGAAUGAUCACCGAAAUUCACCACGUAACCCUGGUGUUCCGUCUACUCCGGAAGCGUAUUUCAUUAUGGAUGAAUCAUUUGAAAUUUUCGCCCGCAAAGUUUUUGUCGGUGGACUUCCAAUUGAUGUUACGGAAGAGGAAAUAACAUCAACAUUUUCGCAGUUUGGUCCGGUGCUUGUUGAUUGGCCACGCCGUCCUGAUAACGGUGUCAAGGAACGACCCACAGCACGCUACAUGACGGGCUACGUGUUCCUGGUGUUUGAAGACGAGCGCUCAGUGCAACUAUUAGUGAACAGAUGUCACAAAGAGGAUGAAAAAUACUACUUGUUUGUUUCUAGUCCAACGAUGCGUGACAAACCGGUACAAGUGCGACCAUGGCGUCUGAAUGAUAUGGAGUUCAUGCUUCGAGAGGAGAUGCCGUUGAAUCCACGACGAACUAUUUUCAUAGGUGGCGUGCCUCGACCGACGAAAGCUCGAGAAUUGGCACGUGUUCUGGAUCAUCUUUAUGGCUCAGUUUGUUAUGUCGGGAUUGACAUUGAUCCGGAAUUGAAGUACCCGAAGGGAGCAGCACGUGUUACAUUCACUACUGAACAGUCAUUCAUUGCAGCUAUAAGUGGACGCUUUGUGCACAUUCCUCACGCUGAUAUGAGUAAAAGGGUCGAAAUAAAGCCCUACGUAAUUGACGAGCAGAUGUGCGACGAGUGCGAAGGUGCAAAAUGCGCCGGUCGCUAUGCGCCGUAUUUCUGCGGUGACAUGACCUGCUUACAGUACUAUUGCGAAUCGUGCUGGGACUAUUGUCACUACGGUGAAUAUUCCGAUGAGAGGAAAGCUUCCCAUAAGCCGUUGGUUCGUGUUGGUGAUCAGACUAAGCUCCUGGCUCAUCCACCACAUCAUAAUCACUUAUCAAAUAACAAAGCGAUAUCAACCGCAACUUCAGCUGUGGAUUGCUGUCGUCAUAUCGAUACGACAACUUGCUUUAGCGUGCGGUGUUCACAACAUUAUUAA